UGCCCUGCUUGCCGUGCGUUUCAAACGCGUCAGCCAAUCAGAGCGGACCUCCAGGAACAGUCUCUCGCCAUUGGUUCACGACGUCAAUCCGGGCUCCGUCGUAAAGCCAGUUUAGUAGCCGAAAGGUACCAAGAUGGCGGAGGCUUCCUUGGGAAGUACAAGCCCAGUUGGCUCUUUGUCAUCGGAAGAUCACGAUUUUGACCCGACGGCAGAAAUGUUGGUGCACGAUUUCGACGAUGAGCGUACAUUAGAGGAAGAGGAGAUGAGGGAGGGCGAGUCAAGCGGGAGCUCGGAAAUCGCUGAUCUGGAGAAGGAGGGGAAUAUGCCGUUGGAAGAGCUGCUGGCGUUGUACAGAUAUGAAGCUGCGGACAGCGCUGUCGGAGGGUCGAGUGCGGACAGCUCGUCUGUAGAGCUGACCGAUGAGCUGCCUGACAUGACGUUAGAUAAAGAGGAAAUCGCUAAAGAUCUGCUCUCUGGAGACGAUGAGGAAACACAAUCUUCUGCCGAUGAUCUCACACCGUCUGUGACGUCACAUGAAACCAAUGAUUUCUUCCCAAGAACUCUUCGCUCUAAUACAGUUUACGAUGGAGACAAAGAGUCUGAGGGUGAGGAUGAUGGUUUGAGUCCUGAAGACUCUCGCAAGGAGAUCAUGGUGGGGUCUGAAUAUCAGGCAGAAAUUCCUGCUCUUUCCUGUUAUAAUGACCAAGAAAAAGUGUAUGCAGAGGAAGAUCAGCUGCUUUGGCAGCCGGAUGUCUUACCCGAGUCAAAAGUCAAAAGCUUCUUGCAGGACGCUCUGAGUGUGGACGGAAAGAUGGACGGAGAUGGAAAAUGUUCUCUGGUCAAAGACAACGAACAGGCCUUAUAUGAGCUCUUAAAGUGCAACUACAACGUCCAGGAAGCUCUUGAACGGUAUCGCAGCAAUGACAAAUCCUCAAAGGACGAGAUGCUCCCGUGGUCUGAAGAGGAAUGUCGAAAUUUUGAACACGCUCUUCUGUUGUACGAAAAGAACUUCCACCUCAUCCAGAAACACAAAGUCAACACACGGACGGUGGCAGAAUGUGUUGCAUUUUACUACAUGUGGAAGAAGUCUGAGCGAUUCGACUUUUUCGUGCAGCAAAACCGAUUCGGGAAGAAGAAGUUCAGCAGUUAUCCUGGUGUUACGGAUCUGAUGGACCGGUUGGUGGAUGAGGCAGAGGGUUUGGUGGAUGGAUCUGCUUCUGUGUGUUCCAGCAGCAGCGGCAGGAUAGAGCCUCCGACCGAACAACAGCUCAACCUGCUCAACUCCAUCACAGCCAGUGACCUCUCCGCGUUGACGAGCACGGUGGCGUCGGUGUGCAACCCGGCAGACGUGAGCUGUCUGGACUCCUACAACUUCUCCUCGCUUGACGGGCUUCACCGCGGACCCCUGAGCCACGAGGAGCCGCUCAACUACUCGAGCAACGGCGACAGCGACUGUCUCAACCUCCUAGAAACCGGCUUCUACCACUCGGACCUCGGGCAGAUCAACGUGUGCGGCGAGGACUGCGAACGGCCGCCGGCCAAGCGUCUGAAGAUGGGCCUGUCGGAACCGUUCAUAAACGACAACAGAAACAUGGGUGUGGAUUUCGAAGGCCGCGCGCACCACAUCACAAGUGCCAAAAUGGCGGUUUCGGUCAGUGACUUCAGCGAGGCGAGCAGCUACAUGGGCGCGCACACACUACAUCAGCACACGGCGCUGCAGUCCGAAUGACUUCGCCACGGGACUACCUGUACAUAGCCGGCCGCAUAUUCCUUCGCUUUUGGUUUCCUGAUUAUAUACGUGUGUAUAUAUGUACAGAUUUGAUUCUUUUUAGACUUUUUUUUUUUUUGUUUUUACUAUGACAUCAGUGAUGUCUAAUUGUACAGACCUGAAUCUUGAUUUCUCAAGAGUUAAUACAGCCAUUUAUUUUCCAGUCUUGAAUUUUUGGAAGUGUCAUAAACGUCCGAAUACUGUGGAAAACUGAUCGCUCGGGCCGACGGCGAAGGGUUUUUCUAAGCCAUGACGACUGGCUGUCAGCUCAGCCUCUCCUCUGUGGUUCCCAUCAGUGUUUACAGGCGCCUCGGCUCACCCUUCGUCGGCAUUUACGACCACUUUGUUUCGUUUUGCACCAUUUGAGCACAAGAACCCGGCACGUUCAGCCCUGGGAGAUUUCGACGGACUGCGAAAGCAAACCUGCGAACAAUUGAAAGUGGUUCUAGCGACUAUAUAGGCCCUACAUACAAUAGAGGUAUUACGACGUGUGUAAUUUUUCUACUUCUACGCAUAUUUAUUAGUGUUCCUCUUGCUUUACCAGUCGGCGUUUGGCGUAUUUAUUGCAAUGGAGACCAUUGGACUGCAUUAUGGUCGUUUUUCCCGAAAUGGUUGUGAAGUACUGGCACAUGUGUUUGUUCAUUUUUGUUUUUGUGUGUUCGUUUCAAGAUCACUAUUUAUUGAAAAAACAUUUUGCAGGGAUUCCACGCCGCGGGAACAGAAGCGACCCGCCAUUUUACCCGUCUUUUCCCUUCAGUGACCGAUUAUGCAACGUUGUAAAUGAUUUCUGUUCAUCACUGCCCGGCGUUCGUUUGCUGGCCUGCAAGCACUGACCCGACGUUUAUCUAUGCAUCAAGAAAGGCUUACAGAUGAAACGGAUCAUUUCGGACCUCGAUCGCUUGUUUUAAUUUUUUUCCCAGCUUUCCCGAGUUUUAUUUUCCACGCUCUCGUAUGGCAAUAAUUUGUAAAUAUGUACAGACAUACCUUCCUGUUUUCUUUUCUUCCUCGGCAAACAGACUCAAACUUGAAGACUUGCUUUUGAGUCUGCUAAUGCCACACGAAUGCCUUCUCCUUUACCGAUGCUUUUCCUCAUAAGAGAUUCGCUUAAGAAGAGAGUUAUUUAUUUAUUUAUUCACUCAACUGCAAGUGGGUGUAGCGUGUUAGCGUUCUGUACACACGAGUGAAGAGGCGUCCUAGCUGAAUGUACAGUAUUAUCGCAUCUUAGGGAUUUACUGAACUCGAAUGUCUCGCAGUUAAGGCAGAAGCCCGGUUUGCAGUGUUGCCUUAACCUUCAUUCAAAACUUGCAUGUUGAAUCGACCUGGAAAACGCUCGGGAGGGCGAUCUAUUGGACGGCUCGUGCUGUGUCUGUAAAAUUGUGUUUCCUCGUACCUGCGGCCAGAAUCCUCCAUAUAUUAUUUUUAUUUUUAUUUUUGGUCUUGACAUACUUGAAGGAUGUGUAUUGAUCGAUUUUAAAAUACAAUAUUCUCCAAUUCAGUCAUGUAGGUUGUGCAAUUUCAUUUCUUCUGUCCCUCCGAGAAUCGAAAAGAGCUUUAGGAAAUCGUGUUGGUGCAGUAAUUUAUGUCCAAAGUUUGUAUAAAAAAAAAAUAGCUAAAAAGUUGAAAUUGUAAUGUAGUAAUGGUUGUCUGCUUCCAGGGGAAAAAAUGUACAUUGAAAAACCUUCCCUUAUCUUUGGAAUGUUUUAUGCUUUAUUUUUUGGUUUCAUAUUCAAUCGGUUUUCACUUUUAUGCUUUUUGGAGGGGUGGGGAGGAGGAGGAGGAGGAGGAGAAGUUACUAGGUAAAGUUCAGUUUUUCAGCAAAUUUUGAUGUAAUAAAAUUAUAGUGUUCAAUAGACAAUCAAACGGCGAUUAAUAUUGGAAAAAGGAAAUUGUAUCAUUCUUAAUGUUUGUACAUAGACACUGUUCUCGUUUUGUUGGUUUUUAUUUUGUAUUUUAUGUUGUACUUAACUGGCAAACCGUUCCAGAAAUAAAAUUCUGGAGAUAUUA